AUAUUAUAAAAAUUUGAAUAAAAUAUUAAAAGGUAUACUAAUAGAAAAUUAAAUAAAAUAAAAAAUUUAGAAUAUUUCUCCUUCAAAUUAAAGAAAGAAAGAAAAUCUAAAAACAUUAUCUUCCCUCCCUCUUUAGAAAAAAUUGAACCAAAACACAAUUUUUUAGAAAGAAUUUUCUCCCUUCCCCUUUCCUCUUAAACCCUAGAACCUUUAUCCGUCGCCACUCAUCGUCUUCCCCUCACCUUCCUCCGCCUCACACUUUUGCUCCUGUAAUUUAUUUUUCUUCUUCUUCUUCCUCGUCAACCACUCAUCACCGCCGCUGACCGCCGUCCGGCUACAACGCCGCCGUCCAUACCUGGACGCAGUUCAGGUUUGGGAUUAAAGAAAACCCGACUGAACCGGCCGUUCGAAUCGGGAUUCAGGGGUUCACGGUGUAAGAAACUAGAACCGAAAUUGAACCGGAACCGACCGGCGGUUCGUAACCGGGUGAGCAUUUAGGCCGCCGCCGCCGCCGCCGCCGCAUGCUCCGUCUUCCUCUUUUCGUCGUUGCCUUCCUCAUCCGCCGCUCUCGCUCUCCGCCUUGUCCGCCCCUUCUUUGAUCAUCUUGAAUUGAAUUGUAUGAACUCUACUGGGGAUUGGAAAUCUCUGCGGCCAAUAUCCUCAAUGUUCUCUGCUCCACUUCUCACUUCAAGCAAAGGGUCUGAAGCUACCUUUGGUCCUCUGAGAUUUACCCCCGACCCCAACUCAUCCACCACUCUCCAUUUUUCUCAAUCCAUUGGUCCUUCCCUUCCGCCGAGAUAUCCGCAAUUAUCGUUUUCCCGGUUCCUCCAGAAAUGCAAUUCCGUUCCUUGCCCUGCCACUUCAAUUGCCUCUAUUAUCCGGCCCCUGAAUCCGAAUCCGCAUUCUCAUUAUCACAGAUUCAAUUCUCUUCAGAUGCUCCAAAUUCCAGGUGAAAAAUUGAUAGUUUUGUUUUUCCCAGCUGGGGAGAAUUCUGAUUGUGUGGGGACUUUGUUGUUGCCGGUAAAGGAUGAAAACUUGAAUGCCCUGUCACAGAAGAAAAAUUGUUUCCAGGUGGUGAAGGAAGGGAAUUUGAAUAAUCAACGAAUAACUCAGUUGCUGGUCACUCCUGCUGACGUUUCGGUUGGAUAUGAUUAUGGGGAUACUUUAUUUGGAGAUUGCCGCAAUAAUGCCAAUCUUAUUGUUGGCUAUUUGAUGGCACGCACUGAAUAUUCUGUUAUUUGGUACAGAGUGAGACUUUGUAAGGAUCGUGGCCGUAAUGAAUAUAUUGUUUGUAUGGAUUAUCUUGGCUGUGCUGAUCCUAAAAUGCUGAGGGGCUCUGCAGUCGUGGGUUCUUGUUGGAGUCCACAUUUUAGGAACGAGUGUUUGAUUUUGCUGGAAAAUGGCGACUUGCUAUUGUUUAAUGUUGAUUAUUCCUCUGAGAUAAAGGGUAAGUCUAAGUUUGUUACUCGCACUUAUGUGAGCAAAAUAAUAAAAGUUUCAUUGAAUAAUAAGGUGAUUUUGGAGGAGAAAAGUAGCGACAAAGAGCUGCAGUGGUUUGGAUGUGAGUUUGGUUGGCAUCCGAGGAUAUUUAUCACUUGUCAUCGUAAAGAGAUGUUCAUGGUUGAUAUGAGAACUGCAGGAGAGUGUAAUGUUUGUAGUUUGUUGAAGAUUGAGACAUCAUCUACAUACAAGAACGAUGGGUUCUUGACACUCUCAAGAGCAGGAUCAGACGGGUUUCAUUUUGCGGUGGCUACAAAGAAGGUACUGCUACUUUAUGAUGUGCAGAAACCAUUGAUGCCACCGCUGUCUUGGGUGCAUCGCAUUCGGAAUCCACGAUAUAUUGUUGUCUACCAAUUGGCAGAAUUAAGAGCAAAUGCGAAAGAUUCAAAAUACAAUUUAGCUUCCGAAUCGGGCUAUUGUAUCAUGCUUGGAUCAUUUUGGGACAACGAGUUUAGUCUUUUCUGUUAUGGACCUGAUAUAAGCAGAAAUUUAUCGGUCAAUUCUGAAACCAAUAGUUUCCUUGCAUGGGGAGACCCUUUGGAAUUCUCAUUGUCGGGGUCUGAUUGUAACUGUGGGAGUUGCAUUGUGCAUGAGGAGUUCCUGAAAGACUCCCUCCUCGCGUGGAUCGACUGGAGGCAGAAAAAGAUAAUAAGUCUAGGCUUUGGCAUUCUUCAUCCAGAUCUUUAUGCUCAGCUCUCCUCUCCUGAUAAUUUUGGUGGGUUUGUACUCAUCAGGCUAACUUCAUCAGGGAAGUUAGAAGCUCAGCGCUAUGUUGCAGCAUGGAAGCCUGAAAAACUUCCAUUGAUCGGUCACAAGAGAAAACUUGUUAGUCUUUUGUCGGAGGAUAAUAAUCUUUUGUACAAUUUUCCCCCUUCGGAAUACAAUGGUAAAAAGAAGUUUCAACACUUGAAGCUGGAAUAUCUGAAUGCAUGCUUGAAGGAUAACCUUGCAGAACUCAUUGUUGGAAGAAGACAAAACCGGGGGGAGCACGAUCAAGGUUCACAGAUAAAGCAGCAUGUGUAUAAAUCAGAAUACAUGUUCCAUCAAGAAAUGUGUGACAAAUUGAAGAAUUCCGGGCUUCCCAGAACGAGAACUUCUCUCACAAUCCCUGAUGUGAUGAAAGACAUCACCUUGCCCACGAGCGUGCGCGACAUUGCUUUAAGAAGCAUCUAUGCUUCUUUACCGAUGAACCUGUUGCAGAUGACCUUCUCCACCUACACUGAUUUGAAUGAAGAUUCUAAGCUCUGUAAGGAGCCCCUCGAAUUCUUGGGCAUCCCUCAUCAAUCGGAACUUCCACCUUGCGCUGUUAGAAAGCCAUCAGAUCGCUGCAACAAAUGGUCCUCUAAAUCUCAGCCAACCAAUGAUGCUCUUGUGGGUCCGAUUAUUCCACCUCAGUAUUUGGCCAGCCUUCAUAAAAUCUACAAAGAAGAGCUUGAAAGAGGGACAAAGCCUUAUCUGGAAGAGGCUGAAGCGUUCUCUGUGCAAGCUCAUAUCAAGCUUCAAUGUGAUAAAGUCAUGGAUAUUGUUCGGGAGCAUGUCUCUGGACCUGAGGCCAAACCACAGGAUGAUGAAUACGUUUCCCUUGCAGAUGAUGAUGAUAAUAUGAGCUAUGCUGAUCGAAAGAUGAAGUUUGCAUAUCAUAAACCAUCAGCAUUUGCUGAACACCCGUUGAGCGUGGAUGAGCAUUAUGGAUUUUCAACCCAUGUCUUCAAGAGAAACAAAGAAACCAAAUCUGAUUUCAGUCCAGAGAUGGUUGGAGAAGAAAUAUUCGACAUGGGCUGCCCAAUUGAGCUUAAAUUCAAGGAUUCUCCGACCGGUUUUAGCCAAAUGGAGCUUGAAGCAUUCAAGAAAUUGAAAAUACAGGAACUGGAUUUCAUGAAAAGCUUCAAGAUUUAUCAAGACUACAUUAAUCAGGGACCUAACCUGAAACAAUAGGAAUCAACCAACAAGAUAGACAUAAAAGAUUUACUGGAUCGAUAGCCUGGUAGCUUUAACCCCGAACCCCGGGUUUUGCAAAGGCAUUUGCUGUUCCAUAUGAACUGAAUCAUGUAAAUAUGUAGAGAGGAAAAAAAAGAGUUUGGGUAAAAAAGUGUAUCUUUUAACCGUACUCUAUAAAAGUAUAGAGUACUGUUUGUUU